GUGAGAAAGGAUUCUUUGGAAAAGGUUCUACGGAAAAGGUUCUUUAGAAAAGGUUAGUUAACGCUUUAGUGAACAGGAUGAGCCAACAACCCGCCGAAGAGAAGAUGGAUGUGGACAACGAGGGUGUAUCGGCGGCGGCGGGUGCGGCAGCGGCCAGCACCUCGUCCGCAGCGGCCGCAGCACCAACCGCCUCGACCUCGCAAGGUUCACCUUCGCCGGUACCGGCCGCUGGAACGAGCGGUCUGAGCGGAAAAGCUGCACCGGAAGGCAAAAAUGUAAUGGCCGGAAGUGCGACGGUUCCUUCCGUAACGUGCUCGCUGCAUCCGCUCGUUAUCAUGAACAUUUCCGACCACUGGACACGCACCAGGGCGCAGAAAGGCAGUAAGCCGCUGGCGUUCGGGGCGCUUAUCGGGAAGCAGAAAGGCCGGAACAUCGAGGUAAUGAACUCCUUCGAGCUUAAGUACGAUAUACUCAACGACGACGUGGUCAUCAUGAUGGAUUACUACCACGUGAAGGAAGAACAAUAUAAGCAAGUGUUUAGUGAUUUGGAUUUUCUAGGCUGGUACACGACGGACGGUAUUCCGACGGAGAAGCACAUCAACAUCCACAGACAGAUCUGUGAAAUCAACGAAUGUCCCAUAAUGCUCUUGCUAGACCCACUCAGUCGGAACAUGAACCAACUACCUAUUUCCGUUUACGAGUCUGUGAUCGACAUAGUGCAGGGCGAUGCCAUGAUGCUGUUCGUGCCACUCAGCUACACGUUGGCCACCGAGGAAGCGGAGCGGAUCGGAGUCGAUCAUGUCGCGCGCAUGUCGACCAACGAAUCGGACGAAAACUCCACCGUUGUCGAGCAUCUGCUGGCACAGUACAGUGCGAUCAAGAUGCUAAACUCUCGCGUGAAGAUCGUUCUUGCCUACAUCAAAGCGGUCGAGAGUGGGCAGCUCGAGCCAAAUCAGGAGAUACUGCGCAUGGCCUACUCGCUGAGUCGUCGUUUACCCGUGGUACAGAAUCCCGCGUUCAAGGAAGAGUUUUAUACGCAAUCUAACGAUGUGGGACUGAUAACUUACCUCGGCGCGUUAACGAAGGUUUCGAAUGACAUGAACCAGCUGGUGAACAAGUUCAAUGUGCUGUACGAUCGCCAAGGCAUGGGUCGACGUUUGAGAGGCAUUUUCUUCUAGAGAGCGUGCUCAAUCUCCGUGCUGACGAC